AUGACAGAAGAGAUAGUGCUAGAGAUGAAGAAGGAGAUGAAGAAGGAGAUGAAGAAGGAGAUGAAGAAGGAGAUGAAGAAGGAGAUGAAGAAGGAGAUGAAAGGCAGAUACCUCGACGUGACCAAGGCCCAGUUCCUGCGCGAUAUUGCCAAAGCUGCGUAUCCGGGUACAGACAAGAAACUCAGUGCCAAUAUGCUCAAUGACCUUCUCUCCAAGCGUGGUGCCAAUGCGGGCAACACAAGCAGCGUCUUUUAUGCAGCGUAUGUAUUCUUCGAAAAGCUGCGAAUCAGAGAUAAUAAGCCAAAAACCAAAUUUCGAGAAGAAAUGGAAGUUGUCUGGGGGCAUGAGGGUGGCUUUGAUUGCGUGACAGCAACCCACAAUGGAGUCUGGGUUACUAAAGGAGAAAGGCCAUAUGUUGACAAAUAUGGCAUGUUGAGAAUUGACCGAGUUCGAUAG